AUGGCUGACGAGCAUGAUAUGACCUUCGAGUCCACCGACGCCGGUGCGUCGACGACCUUCCCCAUGCAGUGCUCUGCUCUGCGCAAGAACGGUCACGUCGUCAUCAAGGGCCGCCCCUGCAAGAUCAUCGACAUGUCCACCUCCAAGACUGGCAAGCACGGUCACGCCAAGGUCCACUUGGUCGCCACCGAUAUCUUCACCGGCAAGAAGCUCGAGGAUCUGUCUCCCUCCACCCACAACAUGGAUGUUCCCCACGUCGCCCGCAAGGAGUACCAGCUCCUGGACAUCACCGAUGAUGAUUUCCUGUCCCUGAUGAAGGAUGAUGGUGACACCAAGGAUGAUGUCAAGCUGCCCGAGGGUGAGGUUGGUGCCCGCAUCCUCAAGAUGUUCCGUGAGGAGGAGAAGGACGUCAACGUCAUCAUCCAGACCGCCAUGGGUGAGGAGGCCGCCAUUGAGGCCAAGGAGGCUCCCAAAUAA